UUACUGAAACUAAAGCUGAAGAUGAAUCGCGGGUUUCACGGGAGGAUGAAAUCAAACCCCGAGAACGGUAUAUAAAGCACAGAGCGCGCUCCUCGUGGGCGUCACAGUGUGUGUGUGUGUGUGUGUGUGUGUGUGGUGAGAAACGACCCUCACGUGAACACGUGAGACUCCACGGCGCAUCUGCUGCUUUAUUUCUGGGUCACAUUUUAGUUUGUUUGUUUGUUUGUUUGUUUGCCACCAUGCGGGUGUGCGCGUGGGGUUUCUGCACACUGCUCGCGUUGCUCUCCGUCAGCACGAGCCAACCGCAAAGCCACUUCACCGGACUCACGAGGACACAUACAUACCUGUCCAAGGCUUACUUCUGCAGUGCAGAUAGUGAAUGUGCACCCAGACUUUACUGCCAGGCCCCAGGCCACGCCCACUCUCAGUGCUCACCCUGUAAGAGAAGAGCAAGGCGUUGCCGUAGAGACCGCAUGUGUUGUCCCGGAAAUGAGUGUCGUAACCAUGUGUGCGCUCGAGUUUCAACAGCAGCAUUAGCAGAACAAGCUCGAGAAGUGAAGAACCAAAUCCACAGAGCUUCUGGCCGAAGAAGGACAAACAGGAACAACAAACCACGUAAAGGUGAGUUAGGUGCACAGUGUGUGCGCUCAGCUGAUUGUGGGCGUGGCCUUUGUUGUGCACGUCACCUGUGGAAGCGAGUGUGUAAGGCAGAGCCUCAGGAGGGGCAGGUUUGCUCCACCCCCUGGCACUGGAAACACACACACACUGGUCACACACUGGAGCUGUUUCAGCUGUGUCCCUGUUCAACUGGCCUCGAGUGCAGAACACAGAGUCACACACAAUCACACACAAACACACACACCAACACACAAACGGACACACAUACCAACUUACAGACCAACAUACACACCAACACACACACCAACACACACACCAACACACGCCGACCUGCUGCUGACUCCAGACUGCACACCUGCCAAUGACAGAUAGAUUAGAAAGAGAGAGAAAGAUUUUUAGACACUUGUAUCUACACAAAGAUGCAGUGCAGAAACAAACCUGAAGCAGGUGUGGAGUAAAGUUCAGCGCUCCUGAUCCCUGCAGGGCGAUGUGUCCAGAUGUUCCUGUAUCAACUCGUUUACUCAAUAAACUCUUAUUAUUCUACAAA